ACUGAAGCCCAGCGCUCCUCCGGCCCCGCCCCGGGCCGAGCUCCCUCCCCAGCGCGCCAUCCCCACCCAGUCCGCAGACCCUUCUAGUCUGCAGCUGUCGCCUCUGCUUCAUUCAGCUCGGCAGCCUCAAGCUAGUGAGGUGUCUGACUUCAUCCGCCUCCGCAGCCGGAUCUUUCUCUGACAGGGUCCUCAACUUAAGACCGCUGCCAUGCCCGUGACAGUGACCCGCACGACCGUCACCACCACCACCACGUCAUCUUCAGGCCUGGGCUCCCCGACCAUCCUGGCGUCCCCUCGGGCACUGACCCAGCCCCUGGGCCUCCUCCGACUGGUACAGCUGUUUUCCACCUGCGUGGCCUUCUCGCUGGUGGCCAGUGUGAACGCUUGGACAGGGUUUGCUGGUCACUGGUGUAUGUUCGCCUGGUGCUUCUGCUUCGCCGUGACCCUCAUCAUCAUCAUCGUGGAGUUAGGUGGGCUCCAGGCUCGCUUCCCACUGUCCUGGCGCAACUUCCCCAUUACCUACGCCUGCUACGCGGCCCUCUUCUGCCUCACGGCCUCUAUCAUCUACCCCACCAUCUACGUCCAGUUCCUGUCUCACGGCCGCUCAAGGGACCACGCCAUCGCCGCCACCUUCUUCUCCUCCGUCGCUUGUGUGGCUUAUGCCACCGAAGUGGCCUGGACCCGGGCCCGGCCCGGCGAGAUCACCGGCUACAUGGCCACCGUGCCAGGCCUGCUCAAGGUGGUCGAGACCUUCGUGGCCUGCAUCAUCUUCGCCUUCAUCAGCGAACCCAGCCUGUACAACAACAAGCCGGCCCUGAACUGGUGCGUGGCCGUCUACGCCAUCUGCUUCAUCCUGGCCGCCGUGGCCAUCCUGCUGAACCUGUGCGACUGCACCAACGUGCUGCCCAUUCCCUUCCCCACUUUCCUGUCCGGGCUGGCCCUGCUCUCUGUCCUCUUCUAUGCCUCCGCCAUGGUCCUCUGGCCUCUCUACCAGUUUGACGAGAGGCACGGCGCCCACCCAGAGCGGUGGAAGGAUGCUAGCUGCCAGAACAGAAACAGCUUCUAUGUGUGCUACUGGGACCGCCGCCUGGCUGUGACCAUCCUGACGGCCAUCAACCUGCUGGCUUAUGUGGCUGACCUGGUGUAUUCAGCCCGCCUAGUUUUCGUCAGGGUCUGAGGCUCUGACCAGGAGCUCCCGAAUCCCGCCUCUCCCCCCAGGUGUCUUUACUGAGUUCUGAUUUCCUCUGCUGUCCUCCUCCUGGGUCCCUCUCCUCCCCUUCUCAUCUCCCUCCCAUUCAGCUCACUGUCUCCUGUCUCUUUCACCUGCUCUCCCCGCUACCCCCCCACCCGUGCCGAUGCUCUGUCUCUUUCCUUUUUGUUUGUUUAUUUGUGUGUUUUGGUUGCCCACAUCCUGUUUUGCCUUUCUCCUCUUACUCUUCUGUACUUAAUGUGUUGCUUGCUUCUUUGCUGGUGUUCUCACCUGCCUUCUUUCCUGACCACUUCCCAUUUUCCUUCUUUCAAUUUCCUUGGGAGCCCUGAGACUUCUUUGUGCGUCCCCUCACUGCCAACACCCCCACUCCAAAGGUGCUGAGCUCCACAUCCCACACCCCUCUUCGCAGCUGUUCAGACCCUGGGCCCCCUGAGGGGCCUCAUUGCCAAAGCAUGUGCCCACCCUGGCUGUGCCUUAGUAGAUGUGUUUGUGUGUUCGUAUGUAUGUUUUGGGGGGGGUAGGUAUGGAUUGGGCUCCCUUUCUCCCAGUGGAAGGGGGUGUACAGUGCAUCUCUUUUUUAAGUUAAAAAAAUGCUUGGAGGUUAGUCAUUUCUAGUGGGUGGGAAGCUUCAAAUCAUAGACCCCGACUCCUUAGUCCCUGCCUGACACUCAGCCUUACCUGAGAUUGGCUCCAGCAUUUUUGCCAGGCUUUAGUAAAACACCGUGCCUAGAGGCCUCUCUUAAAGGAAGCAAAGAAUGAUGGGUGCCUUCCACCCCAGCUGCUCUCUGGAUGUCAAGAUUCCUGAAGGGUUUGUGAGGGGCAGGCCCGUGUGGCUCCGGCCGUAGUGUUAAAGACAGCAUGUACUGCCCUGGCUGUGGGAGGGGGAGAAAAUGGCCACUGCCGGCCUUACUUGCAAUGGUAGCCUGGUUUUUUUUUUUCUUUUCUUCUUCCUGUCACAAGGGCAGAAAUUACUGGGUGGUCCUAUUCUUAAAGGGGAAGUUUCUUUUCCAUUGGGGGAAAAAAAUAUUUGUGGGUGGGUUGGGUAAGUGGGAUUGCUGUCGCCCUAGUGACAAUUUGCACUGCUUGAGUGUGUGACACACACGCAUGUUGGUGUGCUAGGUGCUUCCUGCUGCUACUUCCUGCUCCUCUGGAACUCACGCAUAACAUGAUAUAUAUAUAUAUAUAUAUAUAAAUGUACAAAUACAUAUUUUAUUUUUUUUAGUUCCUUGUUGCUUCUGGUUCCCGUCAGCCUCUGCCGUCAAUUAUCAAGGGAAGCCUUGUCCCUUCCUCCACUCCCACACUCGUCAUGUUCUUUAUUUUAUUUUUUACCUCAAUAUAAAGAUAAAAGGAAGA